UCAGUCCGUCAGUCGGUGAGUGUACGAGGUCUGCGGAGUGCGGCGCAUUCGCGUCAGUCUGAUUCCGUACGUUGAAUAGUAUACACGUCUUUCACGCUUUCUCUUAGUGUUCAAGGCGAGCUGUUUCGACACGCCGUUCGGUUGCGAAAGUCCACGCGAUGAUAUAUAAGUGAGAGCUCACAUUGACACCAGGGUAACGCUCACCGCACACGGUGAGCCAGUUUGUUAGAACGAAGACAUUCGAAACUUACUAGGGACGGGGGGCGCGCGACGCCGUCGGGUCGCACACGCGGGAGCAACGAGUCCUACGCAUACUUACUGUGAGAGAGCCACAAAAAGCAAUUUUUAAUGUGUCAAGUCAGUAUAGCUUAUUGCUGCUACGUCAGAUCGCUGAACGCCUCGAGCAGGAACUACAAGGUUAUGCAAAUGAGUUCUGAACGCUUCUAUACCAGGGGUAAUCAAAAGACCAUUCACAAUUUUAAUAAACUUUAACGUUCGGUUUCUGACGGUGUACUAAGUGCUUAUCAGUAUCGUAUUCCUAUCCUAUAUUAUCGUUCGGUGUCACGAUCGCUAAUUGCUAAUUACCCACCUGGAGUCGAGUGAUAAGGCGCGAGUUUGUUGGACGACUCCGAAGAUAACAGAUCUACAACAGCAGGCAACGACGAUGGCGGCCCCACAAGAGGAGACCCUGCUCUCACGCUGCGAAAUACCCAUUAUCGAUUUGGCUCAUAUAGGUACUGAUGUGUGUCCCAUGAAAUCAGUGGUGCGACGUAUUGGACAACAGCUCUUCACUGCUCUUAGCACUAAAGGUCUCGCCAUGCUUGUCAACCACGGCGUCGCAGAAGAGAAGUUGAAAGCGGUUUACGCAGAUUUAGAUAACUUUUGUGCUCUACCCGAGGGUUGCCAGGCGCAGUAUCUUCGCAACCCGAUCAGCAACCACGGUUAUGUGAAACCUGGUAUGGAGCAGUUCGACGAGACCAAGAAGGAGUUACGUCACUCGUUUAAUAUAACCACUCUGUCGGCGGCGGCCAUGCCCGCUCAAGAAGAGGUGCCAGAGUUUACGCAACACGCCGUGCCCCUCGCUCACGAUCUCACCAAUCUUUCCCGUGUGCUCUUACAGGCUCUCGGUUACGCUUUUGGUCUGCCCCCCUCCACUCUGCUCUCCUGCCACUCCCACAUGCUACAGAGCGAUGGCUGCAAUGCUUCCACGAUGCGUAUCCUGUACUACCCGCCCGUACCCCCCGAAGAUGAAGGUCCAUGCUACGAACACGUUACGUAUACGAGAUGCGGUGCACACUCCGACAGGUGCACCUUCACGCUCGUCGCUCAGGACUCGGAAGGGGGGCUUGAGGUUAAGUUGAAUGGCAGUGAUAAGUGGCAAUCUGUUGGUCAUCUGCCAGGAGCGAUUCUCGUACAAACUGGAGAACUUCUUGCUUCUUGGACUACUAACCUGCUACCGGCCCUGAUGCACCGUGUCGUUGUACCGUCCGGCACAUACGCUCGCGCCCGCGGCCGUCACUGCGUCGCCUUCUUCUGUCACCCGGACAAUGAAGCGAUCAUUCCCCCCCUCGCCCUCCGCCCCGCGCCCGUCCCCGCUCCCCCCGCCUUCACCCCGCACACGCACCUCACCUUACACCACCGGCUGCUGAACGCGGCCCACCACAUACAGAAAAGAUUCAGAGAAACGUACGCGUGACUAGUACGGGACAGUGGGAACUACAAGACGGUACAAAGACACUCCGCUCCAUGACAUUCCGUUUUUAAAUGUUGGCGUCAGAAAGGCAUAGGUUUAGAUUAGGAAGUUUAAUGUUUUUUUGCUAUUUUUGAAAAAAAAAAACACAAUUUCUAUAUGAAGAUAUUAUUUCGUAAUAUUAUGUAAGUUAAUAACUAUAAUUUGAUGGUUAAUUAACAAAUUAUGUAAUUAGUUGCAAUAGUCAAAUUUAAUAAUUUGGCUAUACAUUAAAAAUAAUACUGGAUAUUACACAAAACAGUACAACGACUUCAGUAUUGAAUAUACGGUUUUUUAAUUUUUCAGUUCUUUGUUUUAAGUUUGAGAGCUUCCUACUUUAUGUACGCCUUUUAAACUUGGAUCAAAAAUAUAAUAUAAGGCUAGUUAUGAUUAAAAAAAUAUAUAAUUAAAUAGUUCUAAAACACUUAACUUUUUUUUUAAAUUCAUAUUAUUUUUGAUUCAGACGAAUGUUUCAUGCAACAUGGAGUUGUUAUUGAGUUUAUUUGUUCUCACUUGCCCUAUUUAGACAAUUAGGUACAUUUUAUAUUCUGUUUUUGUAGUAUUUAAAAAUGUGUAUACAAGAUCUAACGGUCGCUUAUGAUAAGUACUUAGCAGUUAGCGAUGUGAAAUCAUCUGCAUAUAUAUUUGCUUACUUGUAUACUUAAACUAUAUUCCCAUUGUAUCGUGUUCUAGCUUUUUAUUGCAUUUAUUUAUAGUAUUUUUUUAUUUAUUAUUGUGUUCUACUAUCUGGUUACACAUUAAUAUUGAUAAAUAAUAUUGAAAGCUCAACUAAUAAUUUGUACUUAAAAUUAUUAUGGCAUUUUAAAUCUUAUUAUCAUGGGUGAAAUACAUUGUACUGAGAGUUUUUGUAUUACUUGUAUAGCACAAUUUACUUUUUUUUUUAAAUCAUACAGAAUGUAUUGAGACAGUACUUAACUUAGUCGAUGGAUUAAAUAUGGCAGUGCUAAAACAGUAUUUAUGUACAUUGUACUUAAAGUUGAUUAUUCCGGGUAUCUUUUAAACAUUAAACACUACUUACUAUUAGUGUACAAUAUUGUUGAUUGUGUUCAGUAUUUAAAUAAGUAUGUCUGAGUCGGCAUUAUUUGGAAUUUGACUAAAAAAUGACAAGACUAAGCAUAUGUUUUAAUAGAUUUUAAGUAGUAAAAUAUACUUAUAAAUGAAAUGUUGAUUAUUGUAAACGAUAUUUCGCCAAAAUGUGACAGAAACAUUAAAUAAUGUUAUUUCAAUAAUAAUAAUAAUUCGCAUUAUAAAGUUAUUGACAUUGUUAUUAUCAUUUUACUAUUUUUAAUUUUUCUUUAUGUUCAACCAGAAAAGACAUUUCCUUAGAAAUUUAUGGAAACAAAAUACCUCUUUUAUUUUCAUGCACUUCUGUUGAUUUAUAUAAUUAUAAUUGACAAAAAUAAAUUAUAUAUAGAUGAA